AUGCUGGGAUGGUUGGGGGGAUCCAUCGCGCUGGUGGUGUUUUGCGGCGUCACCCUGUGGUGCAGCUUCAUGCUGAGUGACAUGUACGAGGUGGACGGCCGCAAGCACGGGACCUAUGGCGACGCCGUGAUCAGUGUGUUGGGACGUGGCAGUGCUGUGGCUGUUACUGUAUGCCAACUGUCCAACCUGGUGCUGUCCUCCAUUGGUUACAGCGUCGCUGCGGGGGAGAGCAUGAAGAUGGUGGUGCACAGCCACUGUGACGUCCGCGAUACUGGCUGCGGCAGCACCGUGUGGCAAAUGUCCAUCGUGUUCGGCAUCACGCAGCUGUUCUUCAGUCAGAUGCCUACGCUGGAGUCGGCCUGGUGGUCGUCCAUGGUGGGAGCGGCCAUGUCUGUCCUUUACAGCACAGCUGCACUCGGCAUGGGCGCGGCGAGUGUGGGGCGCAAACUGGAGCCGCGUGUCAAGGCAUUUGGUGUGUUCAACGCCCUUGGGGCUAUCGCCUUUGCCUACUCUUUCUCAGCUGUGCUGUUGGAGGUCCAGGACACCAUCCACGAGCCCCCCAAGUCCAAGCUUACCAUGCGCAGGGCUGUGGGGGCGUCCAUGGCGGUGACCUUUGUGUUUUACGUGGGCGUCGGCUUUGUGGGUUACGCCGCGUUGGGGGACGCCACGCCCGGCAACAUUCUCACCGGCUUCAACUCCCCAAAGGCCCUCGUCACUGCUGCUAAUGCAAUGGUGCUGGUUCACAUGAAAUAA